CGCGUCUCACCUCACUUACCUAGCUUUCUAUCAACUUAUCAUUGACAACCUUAUCGAUCCAUCCCCAUUUAUCAAUUAUUCAAAUAUCUAAACACCCACCACGUGAUCCUCACCUUGUCUGCCAGCAUCCACCACGUGACUACUCGUUUCUCCGUUCGUAAUCCACGGUGUGCCUUACAUUUGUGAUUUAUCCAGUGACAAUUGUGAAAUAAAUCAGUGAUUCGCAUCAACCAAUCUGCCUUAAUCAGCUGACACAUGUAUGGCAAUGCAUGUGGCUGUGUUGUGUUCAUUAGGAUUGCUCAAGAUCAUCAUCAGCUGUUUGAAUUUCGAGCCCGCGGGCUUCGUCGAUCAAGUGGUGCUUGAAAUGAUCUCCAAAGAUAUUCGAAAUCCCUCGGAUUGUCAUUGAAAUAUGAAAGAGUUGACAGUGAUGACGAAGAUUGUACGACAGAAGUUGAAUCUGAAGUUUCGAAUGAGUUGUACGAGAUUAGAGACGUUAUAAAUCGAUACUUGUGGCCAUCAAUCGAAUGCGUCCUCGGAAUUAAAACAUUUGGACGGUGAAAUUUUCAGCGGGACUCGCGGCUGAAUUGUAAUCGGCAAUGAUGAUGUUGAGCAUACCCGAGGAGAAGUGGUGCUGAUGAAUACUGAUAAAUAGUGAGUGUUGAGAUAAUCUCGAGUGCGAAAUAAUAAUAAAUCUACGUACGUACGAAUGGAUCGGUGUGCAGAUCGGUCGUUGUUGUGGAGCAAUGUCGGUGCUCGAGGGUGCUUGUAAUAAUCGAGAGAUCGUCAGAGAAAUGUCACCACUUGACGAAGUAGCAUCACCAACAAGUGUCGAGUCAGAACUCAUGGUUACGGACAUGCUAGAUGAUCAGGUGCACGAGAGAAGUCCUGGUAAACGGAAACGAGAUAAUGACAACGAGGGAGUGAGAAAGCUUCCCCCACUGUCCAACAACAACAACAAUGAUGUUGCAUUUGUCCUGGAUGACAACACCGAUGACACACUCCAGGAUGACAUCGCGGACGACCGUCUGACGAGUCACGGGGGCAUAUCCUCCCUUGGUGGUGGAAAUUCAUCGCCUUAUUCUGGUGCCCAUCACCAUGGACAUCGGGGAAACGGCAAUGGUGGCGGUGGUAUGCCCCAUCACGCUGGUGCAUCCUUACCAACGGCAUCCGAUUUUCAACCACCCUAUUUUCCACCACCCUUUCCCACCCAUCAUCAUGCACCAGCGAGUCCACAGCAUGGUCUUGGCCAGCCUCAACACCUCGAUUACCUCGUUGGUGAUCCAUAUACCCAAACCCUAAACACUCUCCAUCAGCAUCAUUACAAUCAUCUGAGCGCGGCAGUUUCCGCGGGACAGAGGAGUGGUGAUCUCAGGAGGGACGCCGAAGGCAUUCACGUGUCGAAUAUGCACGCGGCAUUCCCCUACGACGGAAGUCGUGGAAGCGCUGGAGGUGGUGGAGGUGGUGGUGGCAGGGGUGUGGACUCUUAUGGAGCUGUCCGACGUCCCGACGCCCUUUUACCACCACCAGGACUCGAUCAGACUGACCUUCUGCACACGAGUCUCGUUGACGACCCCCAGGUGAGCGAUGAUAAUACAAACGUCGACGAUGGGGGCUUCAUGAAUGACCUUCCACUCCUAAAAAAUAUGAAACAGUCUGACAGGGGUGAGAAGGGAAUGCUAUCGGGUAAUACUCAGCCUCAGGAUGUCUUCUGCUCGGUACCAGGAAGAUUGUCGUUAUUAAGCAGCACCAGCAAGUACAAAGUCACGGUCGCCGAGGUACAGAGACGGCUGUCACCUCCAGAGUGUCUCAAUGCUAGCCUACUCGGUGGUGUUUUACGAAGGGCGAAAUCGAAAAACGGUGGCCGACUGUUGAGGGAAAAGUUGGAGAAGAUUGGCUUGAAUCUGCCCGCCGGACGGAGGAAGGCAGCCAAUGUAACGCUGUUAACAUCACUUGUUGAAGGAGAGGCUAUUCACCUUGCCCGAGACUUUGGGUAUGUCUGUGAGACCGAGUUCCCGGCGAAACAAGUCGCCGAAUAUCUGAGUCGACAGCAUUGUGAGCCACAGGACUCGUACAGGAGGAAAGAGCUGCUCCAUGCCACCAAACAAAUCACCAAAGAGCUGAUGGACCUGUUGAACCAAGACAGAUCGCCCCUGUGUAAUACUCGACCACCCCACAUUCUCGACCCAAGCAUACAAAGACAUUUGACGAAUUUUUCGUUGAUAUCGCAUGGGUUUGGUAGUCCAGCAAUCGUUGCUGCCCUCACAGCAAUUCAGAAGUUCCUAACCGAGUCACUAAAUCACAUGGAGAAGAUGUAUCCGGGUAAUGGAAGCGGAGUAACAAGCAGUCAGCAGUCGAGCCUAGAUGCUAACAAGAACAAGGACAAUUCCCUGAUGAAUGACAUGAAAAAGUGACGACCAGAAGACCCGCCUAUCUCUAACGUAGUCACGUCAAUCAGCGACUCUUGGCCCUACAAUACGAAUGUGUAGUUAUUGCUCAGUAUGGACCACAACUGUGUACUUCGAUUGGAGAUUGGCUGGUCAAAUCCAACGAAUACUCAUUUAACUCAAUUGUACAUUUUCUCCUCCAACAGCUGUAUUCUUUAAUUAUCGAUAAUGCAAAUUAGUGCAAGUCCACAAAGGCGCAGACAAAUUCAUAUCAGCCUGGACCAUAUCAAUUUUUCUUUACAUGUUAUACGUAAUUAUUCAUAUUUCCCUCUUUCUCUUGUAAAUAUUCCUUUUUAUCAUUAUUUUAAAAUCCUCUCGCGGAGGUGAAUUCGCCGCCCCUGGGACUCAACCGCUAUUGAAUAAUUAUUAUUUAUAUAGCUCUCGUGAUGAUAAAUAUACUCGAAUGGCGAAUGUUGUUAUCCUGUUAACAUACUCAACUCAACUCUUCAUCCAUUCGGAUUUAUAUCUCUACUCAUUUUCCAUGAAUUACUUAUCUGGUCAUUCUCCUUUGCUCGGUGAAUCCCAUGAAAUAAUUGGGUGGCGGGUUAUUCUCUCUUUUUUUUUUACUUUUCAUCGUUUGUUCCAUAUCAAAUGCAACAGCAAGAGAAUGAAAACGUACUAAUCGGAUCACACUAUAAACAACUGUAAACAAUAAUUGUGCCAAUGGAAAAUAUUUGCCAUUAAUGAUGUGCCAAUUUUCGUGCCAAUUACAACAAGUCUUAAGGAGUGAGAAGAAGGAUCACUCUUUGCGAUCGGUAUUUGUAAAUACGAUGAUAAUGCGAUUUUAUUGUAUAAUAAAUAAAAACGACAAUGUGCAUUGGUUUCAUUGGAAUUUAGCAAUCAUGAGCGCAUUGGAAUCGUAUCAAGUACAAUACUAAUCAGGUUCACCUGAAACAUAUCUAACUUUGUAACUAAACUCUAGAUAAUUUACGUUAAUUAAAAUGAGGGUGGAACGCAAACAAAGGAAGGAGAUUAAAUUUAAGGUGAAUGGAAAGAAAUUGGUGAAAAUUGACGAGAAAAAUAGAAAAAAAUUAAUAUGGAUUAUAUAAAUAAUGGAGAACAUCUGAUGUUCCGGAGAAAAUGAGCAUGUACAGAGCAUUUGAAUCUUUCUUGUGAUAUAAUCGUGCGUUGUCGGAUUAAAUGAAUGCUAAACAUUCCAUGUUUUUAUUAGAAAAAUGGUAUUAGUGAUUUUCAAUAAAUUGUGAGCAAUUGGUUGGGCUCAGAUUUGAGUCAUAUACGACGAAACGACAGUUUCAUUUAUCGCAAUUAGAUGGUGUAAUUAUUAUUUUAUUACAAACAGGAGAGUACAGAGUGGGUCGAUCGCGCUUGAAAGUUUAUUAUUGAUAAUUUGAUGUUAAAGAUUUCAUUCCCAACAUUUCCGACGUGAAAAACAGAGAGCGGCGUAGUGUGCUAUAUUAUACAUACAAUAUAUAAAUAUAUAUAUAUAUAUAGUUAGGAAACAAACCUGAGCCCUUAUUUUGACUCAUAAAGUAACUAUAGAGAAUUUUACUCUCUAGAUUAUAUCAAUUAAGAAAAAACAAUUAUAAAUUAAUACUUUUAUUUAUACUGAAAUAUAUCUGGAGCGAUGAGUAGAAAAUGGUCUUUUCUACUAAAAAUUUCUGUGCCAACUGUGAAAUAGUGUUGUAGAAAUUUUUUUUUUGUUUACCAAGUUGAAGAGCAAAAAUAUUGAAGGAGAAAAUCAGAAUUGACGAACCAUCAUUCUAAUCUUGUAAGAUACUCAGAUCUAUCUUUAUUGAAAUAUAUUUGAAUUCUAGUAGUAUAUUGUAUUCCGAAAAAAAUAUUAAUACGUUUCAUUUUUGUAUAUUGGUG